AGACGGUGGUCUGCGGAGCGCAGACGGUACUGCGACAAAAGGCUGAGUACACACUGUCGGGUCCUUCGAUACCUCAACUCUAGUAGCGGGAGGGGCGAACCUCGACGGAGAUGUUUGGAAGCCCACUACUAAGGAGGGUGCAGGUGUACACUGCACCGUGGCUAGGAGGCGCCGCGGGGAUGCGAGGCGGCGGAGGGGAACUGAGCACGAUGCGGGCAGGAAAGGUCAGCAUAGUGGCGGUCGAGGGCGGCGGUGUAAGGGCACCGCGAGAAGGUAUGACCGUCCUAGCGGCAUCGCAAACACCCACCCCGGCCCAAAAUGGUCGCGAGCUCCUCAGCGGAAUAGACACCGCAGGAAGGGACAAAGCCUUGAGGGAGGUCCUGCUGAGGGACCUCGGGGGGCGACGCACCAGCGUGACCGAAGCGGCUGAAUGCCCGGGAGAGGGCGGAGAGGAUGAGUUGGAGGCGCUCGGCCAUAGGGAGAGUAGAGUCCUCCAGGUGGUAGUGGACGGCCUCGUCGAGGUCGAGGUCGUCGCUAUGGUCACCCUCAGGCGACAGCAGGGCAACAGCGUCCUGCUCACCAUACUCGAGCGCGCUGAAGCGGCGCGAGAAGUGGGGGCCCUGCUGCGCGGAAUGGCGGGGGCGGCCGCCGAAAGGGGAGCGACGUUGGGAAGUGUCGUGAGAGGAGUAGGGGGCGUUGCCAGCACGUUGAGGCUGGGAGGAGGAAGCGGGGUGAAGACGAACCCACAUCUGCUGAUGGGUUCUUGCGGCCUCAUAGGCCUGCGGGGCCGAUGUGAACUCGUACCGCCAUACUUCGGAGCAUUACUCAAGGGGAAGGCUGGCCAAGAAACGGUCGAUGAGGGCAGCCUCGAGGAGGAACGUCACAUCACAAAUGAGGCGGGCAUCCUGAAAGACCUAGAUGUGGCGGUCCAGGGCGGCAGCGCCACCAGAGCCGGACCAGCGUGAGCCGUGUGGUGACGACUCGCUCGAAGGCGUCAGUGACGUC